GACGUCCGGCGAAACAAGUGAGCGCUGCGUUUUCGCAACUUUGGUCGCCGCCCGCGAUCAGCUGUCGCACUUGUCGUGCAGAGUUGAUUUGAUUAAUUUAGUUCUCGGACAACGAUCGUCAAACGCGACGGUGUCGACGGUUUCCUUUUUUCAUCGCUCGAUUUCUUUCUCGUAUUGCCAUGAAAUUAUUAACGAUUUCGUCUGGUAGUUAAUUGAAGAAAGGGUUGUUAACGCGAAAGAAAUUAUGUUGUUUUUGUGAGUGAUGCCCGCUGCCUUUCGUCACGAUGAACACCGUUAAAGGAUUAGGGGAUGUUCCGCAGGACGAAUACGCCAGGAGUAGAAUGCUGGAAGAUCUACAAUUAGCUGCGGAACUAGGAAAAACACUUCUUGAAAGGAAUAAGGAAUUAGAAGCGGCGCUAAAACAACAUCAGAACAUCAUUGAAGAUCAGACACAGGAAAUCGAGUAUCUCACAAAGCAAACUGCGGCUCUGCGGGAGGUCAAUGACUCCAGAUUACGAAUCUACGAGCAACUGGAAGUCAGUAUCCAAGACCUGGAGCGCGCCAACCAUCGACUGGCCUUAGACAAUUCUGCAGAGAAGAAGCACAUAAAAGGUUUGAACGCAACGAUCGAAUCACUGGAAGCAAAAUGCGAAGACCUGCAGAGUACCAUCGACGAGCUGAAGUUGCAAGUGGACGUUCUCCGAAAAAAGUCGAUCCGGUCUACAGAGACCACGCCAACGAGCAACACCAUUGGUAGGGAGUAUAUCACCUUGAAGCAUGUCUCGCACAAAGAAGGUGAAGAGCAAUUGGUUGCAAGAGAAUGUUUCCUACAAACAGAGGGGGAAUUGUGUACAACACCUACCAAAACCAACCGUUCGCCUCCCGCUUCUGUUAAAACGGAACCGGAGUGCGAUCAGGACUGUAACGUAGCCGAUCAAACGGACAGCGGCCUCGAACAAAUGUCCCAGCUGCUGACCCAGCUACGGGAGAGUAGAGCCCAAUGCAGCAAAGAUGAGAGAAUCAUCGCCGAACUAGAGGAGCAGUUGUCAACCAUGGUGCAACAGAACCAGGCGCUUGAAAAUCAAGUGGUUCAGUUGAGUCAUAAGGGGGAGGACAUGAAUAUGAAGAGUAUGCAUGAGGAGUUAAACACUCUCGACGAAGUUAGACAAGGCCAGAUGUGCAGUCGAUGCCUGCGCAGCCUCGAUCGAAACGACAGCGAAAUUCCUGAAGAUGACGACACCAGCAUGAUGGAGGAGUUGAUGACCACCCAGCAUCGCAGCUCGUUUUCGAUGAACGUACAGGGUCACAUUGAAAACCAAUCAUCGCCAAUUCAGGCUAAACAAUCCUCCAAUCCGUACAAAGAAUUGGUGGAGAAGUAUGAAGCAUUGGUCGAAGUCCAUCGCAAGCCUAUACGUUCAAACAAGUCUGAUCAGGGAAUUUCACUUCAGGAAGACCUAGCAUUGUCUGGAGAUUUUAACAUCAAGGAUAUGGACGAAGAAAGUGGUCAUGGUGGUAGCAUCAGAGCCGAAGAAAAGGAGCAUAAGAAGACAAGGAAAACAUUCUCCACUCCUACUGACUUUUCCGAGGCGGAAACUAGCUCUUCUGGUUUCGCGGAUGAAACCUGCAACAAAGGAACGCAGACUGAGGGCAAAGUAGGUUCUUUCUUAUGCACCAUAGCUGACGGAGAAGACUGUAAAUUUAGUAUCUACGAUGACGCUAGUCCAAUUGACUCUCGAUUCCGAGACAGACCCGAGUAUAGAGUCCUAUUCAAGGAAAUAUUUAAAGUUUUAAAGAAGGCGGCGGAAAACAAAGAAGAAGGCGAUGAUUUGCCUUUACUAGACGACAACGCUAGAGGAGCACCCAAAGUGCCUCCCGUAACACCUUCCAGUCACCAACUACCGGAAUUUCCAGACGACGACACCCACAGUGUCAUGUCCACGACGGCAUCUGAGCUUUCAAUCUCUCAAAAUGAACCGACAACAAUCAUGGAGAAUAUUAUUGAAUCCCAGAACCAGCCCAUUCCUGACACACUGCCCACCAAAAUCGACCAGCAGCCUGAAUGCGUGUUGAAGCCCUUAGUGCGACAACCCCUGGAAUAUCUGUCGGUCGAGGUUAGAAAACGUUCGUCAUCUAGGCGCAAAAAUAAAUACGCGGACAGAUCUGACUCUCCAAUAACCCAUAUAAUCGGAAGCCCCAAGAUCAGUUACUCCAGCAGGCCCAAUUCGGGCAGAAGACGCCGAGAGCUUAAAGCACAGACUCAUCCAGAUAAUGACAAUAAUUGGAACGGUAACACAUUGCAGUUUUGGGCAACAAACAGAAAUGUUUCAUCACCCACACCAAGUCAGGGCAGUGGGAAAGCAUGCUAUGAGUUUAAACCUAGUACCGCCUCACACGACCUUAACAAGCUUAAGAAACUGGACAUGUCUUACGCAGAAGUGUUAAAGAGAGAGUUGUACAAGCAGAGAAGGAAAUAAAUACACAGUCUUUUUAUUAAAUUAUUCACCACCUGCUACAAGUAAAAAAGCAUCCUUUUAGCACAAUCCUUUAAAUUAGUUGGUCAAUGGCGAUUUGAUAUGUCACACAUUUCUUUUGCUUUGAUCAAACUUUAGAAGCAAAAAAUUGCAUAAAAAAUUAUAUUACCAUAGAAAUCUGCAGAAUAUGCAACAGCAGAAGUAGCAAAUAUUUAGAUCUAUAAAAGGCAAUGAGUUUUUUUACAAUGGAAGGAAUGCUUAAAAUAAGCCAAAUAUCAAACUGAAUCCAAUGAGCUUACAUGUUAUGGACAGAAUUAACAGUUAAUUUAUAAGGAAUUUUUGUAUCGCUUUGCUCUUUUACUUGGAAACUGCGCAGGUGUAAUAUUUUAUUAUAUCUUUGUGGUCUACAUUUGUGAGGUAUCGCAUGUAAAUACUCACUGAAUACUCACUUUUUUACUUGAAUUGAUUUAUUUAAUGUAUCGUUCCUUUUUGUAAUUUUUAUUAUUUCUAAUGAAGGUUUGUUUAAGAAGCCUACGCGUGCCAAGAAUUUAUAAUUGUAAUCACAAACAUAUAUAAUCCAUAUAAGGGUAGUUAUUAUCAAUUUAAAAUAUAGUCUUAGUCAUAUUUAGCAAUAGUUUUUCAACUGUUAAACAAAUCAAUAUUCUAAGAAAGCUGGACAUGUUCAACCAUUGCUUUUGUUGUUCCAGUCCUCAAAUUAUAAAUUUAUAUUUAUUUUUACCCAAAUUGUAAAAACAACUGUUUGUGAUUAAAUUAUUUUACUA